AUGCUGGUCUACACAAAGUCAGCUAUCGAGCAUAGAGUCCUGGCAUCGACUCAGCGCGGCAUCGUGAAUCCGAUCGAAAAGGGUUCAGCUACUGCCGUCGGGGAGAUGCUCGACAAAUGCGCCAGGGCUAUCAUCCCGGAAAGGCUCAUCCCGAACAGCAAUGCUGUGGUUUAUGCCAAGGAAAUGGAACGUUAUUGUGCGAUGAGAUCGAUGUGGGAUGCAUACCAGGCGCCACAGAAAAGCGAAGUUUACCAAUCAGUGAUCGGCCCAUGGUCUGUUCCUCCCCCUCUUCGGCAGUCACAAGAAAUGAUGUACAACUUCACGGGAUUGGGCGGUAAGGUGCGGGCGAUAAUGCGCGAGAGACCUGACAUGCCGGGAAACGAAAGAGCAGAGCUGGCUUAUACCACCAUGAGGCUCGCUUUUGAGCACAUCAUGAGCAGAGUCAUUAUGGCUUUGGAAAAUGACGAAGAGCUCUUGGCCAAUCCCCCACAGUCAUUGGUGAUAUCUGGGGGCGUGGCCAGCAACCGCUUCCUGAAGACUGUUGUCACAUCCGCGUUGCAGGCACGUGGCUUUGGUAACGUGACUGUUACGGUUCCCAAGCCCCAAUACUGCACAGAUAAUGCCCCAAUGGUCGCCUGGGCGGGACUGAAGAUGUAUGAAGCUGGGUGGACAACGGACAAAUCGUUUCUGCCCCUGGGCGAGUGGCCGAUUGAGGAGAUCAUCACGGGCGUCGACUGUUGGCUCCAGAAUGGCGUCGCCGCCUCUCCAGGGUCUACGUCCAAAACGGCAGCUUCUCAACCAGACACAGCCCAGCUACCAGACAAGUCGAAACCCCAGGAUCCACCACUGACCUCAACAGCGGAUGUUCCUACGGAGCCGGACGCAGUGGCCGCGCCGAAUGCCAAGUCCGUCGCACCAACCGAGGAUGAAGUCUCCGAAAGCAAGUCCAAGAGCGAUAACAAGAAGCCGAGCGCGAAGCCUGAUCCGGGCCCAUCGUCAGCGCAGGAUGUACAACACGCCGCGGGCGGCGAGGGGCCAGGCUCUCCGCAAGAAGACACCGCGCGAACUCCACCCAGCCAGGCAAGCGACAGCCCGGCGCAAUCGGGGAGAUCACCACGGGCGCUCACAGGCCGGACCAAGGCCAACGCACAGCCGGCGAGCGCCAGGAGGGUCACGGAGAAGCGGGAUGACCCGAUAAAGCAAUUGAAUGAAGCGGAGAGGCAGCUCCUGGGCCCCACGGCCCGGCGACCAGCGGAGCCCCUGAUGAGGCCACGCCCCAGCCUGGAGCUCCGCGGCCCCAAUGAGACCCGCCCGGUCGACGGCCGCAUCGCAAAGCCUGACUAUAACAAGCGCCCGGCCGGACAGUGGGACAGCCCUGUGAGUGCGAAGAAGAGGGUUGCCGACGGGGCCAGGCGCGACCCGGAGAAGGGGGCGUUAGAGAGGGAAGAAGUUCUCAGGGUCUUGAACCAGAUUGGGGCGGCUGUGGAAAGCGAAUUGAGGGCAAAAGCUCAGGCCGCGACAACUAACAAGCCCCAGAGGAGGCCCAGUGCUACUUCCCCGGUGGGGAAGAACAGGGCUAACGACGGGGCCAAGCGCGAACCGUUGAGGGCCUAUAAGGUACAAACAGAAGGGAAGGAGAAAGUAAAAGCAAGAGAGGACGAGGAGAAGAAGGAGAAGCGCUUCGUGCGUCUACUCCCGCCCGCGCCCGCGGACGAACAGGCCCCCGAGGGUUCGCUCCGGACAGGGCUUAACAGACUUAAGAGUUGGAUUGGUCUAUAA